UGUCACCGCUUUGAUCACUCCAGAUUCGGUUCUCACUACCUCUUCCUCUCUUCCGCGGUCCGCCAACCGUAGAAGUGACGCUGCUCCAGAAUUCCCAGAAACGACGUCUCCGGCAUCACACCCAAGCAUCUCCGUCGCAGUCCAUCCACAAUCAGCAAAAGAGAUAACUGCAUUUGUACUGAGAAUUUGAAGGAAGCAGAUGGAUUUGAAGGGAAAGCCGAUUGACCAUGGCUAUCGCAUGCCUGCUGAGUGGGAGCCCCAUUCCCAGUGCUGGAUCGGUUGGCCGGAACGCCCAGAUAACUGGAGGGACAAUGCUGUGCAUGGUCAACGUGUAUUUGCUAGUGUAGCACAGGCUAUCUCAAGAUUUGAACAUGUCACUGUUUGUGCUAGUUCCGCUCAGUGGAGCAAGGCACGUGAUCAGUUACCAAAACAUAUCAGGGUUGUUGAGAUGAGCAUGAAUGAUUCUUGGUUUCGUGACACUGGUCCAACUUUUGUUAUCAGAAAAGGUGCAGAAAGUUCUCAAAAUCUUGAGCCAAGUGUUGCAGGGAUUGACUGGACCUUCAAUAGCUGGGGAGGAAUCGAAGAUGGAUGUUAUGCAGACUGGAGUCAGGACCUUCUUGUUGCAAGGAAGAUUUUGAGCAUUGAAAGGUUCCCAAGGUUCCCUCAGAGUAUGAUUCUUGAAGGUGGAAGCAUUCACGUUGAUGGAGAAGGUACUUGCCUCACCACAGAAGAAUGUCUCUUGAAUAAAAACAGGAAUCCUGAUAUGACAAAGGAAGAAACUGAGAGUGAACUUAAAGCAUAUCUUGGAGUCAGCAAGGUUAUUUGGUUACCUCGUGGGUUAUAUGGUGAUGAUGAUACAAAUGGUCAUAUAGAUAACAUGUGUUGUUUUGUGAAGCCUGGUGUCGUUUUGUUGUCUUGGACUGAUGACAAGUGUGACCUUCAGCAUGAAAGAUCCUUGGAAGCUCUUACUGUUCUUGAAAAUUCCACAGAUGCUAAGGGUAGAAAAUUGCAGGUGAUCAAACUCCAUGUACCUGGUCCUCUCUAUAUGACAGAAGAGGAGGCAAAUGGAUUGGCUGAGGGUGAUGGUAAACCAAGAGUUCCAGGUACAAGGCUUGCCGCUUCAUAUGUAAACUUCUACAUUGCAAAUGGGGCAAUCAUCACUCCACAAUUUGGAGACAAGUGGGAUGAUGAAGCAGUUCGGGUCCUGUCACAUGCAUUUCCCGAUCAUGAGGUAGUACGAAUCGAAGGUGCAAGGGAGAUAGUGUUGGGAGGUGGAAAUAUACAUUGUAUCACACAACAACAGCCCCGCAGACCAUGAAGACUGACAAACAAGAUAAUCUCAAUUGCAGAUUGUUGUGGUUCACCUUUCUUUUGAGUUGGCACAACAUCUGAAAUUCUAUUCUGCUUGCUAAUGACUAUUGCUGCCAAUAUGGUUAAUUUUAGUGAGGUUCAAAGAGUUGAUUCUCUGAUUGGAUCACUUUGUUUUUAGGUUAAUAUCUUUGUUGUAUCAUUGGGUCUCACUCUUUUGCUUUCUUGCUUACAACAGGUGAGAAUUUCAUUUCACAUAAUAAAGAUACCUUAGGGGCCUUUGGUUAAGGAUUACCUAGGUAAUGUAUGGUAAUGUUAGAUUACUUUUUUUGGUUCAAA